AUGCUGGCCGAGACCCCCUUCGGUACGAUGAUGAGAUUCGUCUCGUGGAUGGAGGAGAUCACGUCUGAGCACACAGUCAAGUCCGGGAAGCAGCCGCAGAUCGCACUCAUCGCCCACUUCGGCUCCUGCUUCGACCACGUGAACCUCAUCAGAACCAUGAUGAAGAACGACGUCGCCAUGCUCAAAGUCAUGCUGGCGGACUCGUUAACGAUGUUCAAGGUGCUUAAGGGCAAGAACUGCGCCAAGUUAACAGCCUUGAGGGACAAGGCCUUCUUAGUCUACAAUCCUAACUAUAAAGAGAUUGUAGGCCUCAACCUGUACAAGCCCAAGUGCAAGAUGAGCGACAUGUUCAUCAAGGCGAAGUCCUAUAUUAAGAUGUACAACUAUACGAACAGGUUUCUCUGA